AUGGGAUCUAAAGGGGUGCUGAAAGAUGUUUUUGAUAGAGGCUUAAAGAUUCUCCACAAAAGAAGAAUAUCAAAAAAUAUUCAAGCAUCAGAAAUUUAUUACCAUGAACUAAGCAUUCAAGAUAUCUUAAGCAGACUUGGAUCAAUUAAAGGCAGAAAUUUUUCAAAUGCAUGCUUUAUUGGGCCAAUGGCUCACCUAUGAGCAAGGGAUAUACACUCAAACAAUUUUUUAAACUUAAAAGGACUGACUAUCAUAGAUUCCUGUAAAGAAAGUCUUGAUUUCUCGCUAAAAGAAAUAAAAAAUCUUAAUCCAUCCUUCAAAUACACAGGAUUGUAUCUAGAUGAAGAAAAUUGAUCAUUCCCUGAAAAUUAUUUUAAUCUCAUUGUAAAUAACUUACAAUUACACUGACUGAAUAAAAUUGGGCAAACCCUUGAGAAGUGCUUGCUUUCUCUACAGCCAGACGGAGCUCUAAUAGGUACUGCAAUGGGUGGAGACACUUUGCAGGAACUUAGAAUUGCUUUAUCUUUAGGAGAGCAAGAAAGAGAAGGAGGGGUAAGCCCUCACGUUUCUCCUAUGUUUCAUUUAACAGAUAUAGGGCAAAUCUUAUACAAAGUUAAUUAUAAAUUAGUCACCGCAACUGCAGAUCAAAAAACUCUUUAUUUUAACGACGCUUUUCAACUAAUGAAUUUUCUUCAAUCUGUUGGGGAAGGAAAUGCUUCGUUAAAUGCAAGAAAAAGCGUUUCAAGAGACACUUUUAUCGCGGCAGCUGCAAUUUAUGAGCAUUUAUUUAAGGUUAGGGAAGGCCAAUACACAGGAAAACUUCCUGCUACUUUUGAUAUGGUUCAUUAUAUUGGAUGAAAAGAGCAUGAUUCUCAACAAAAACCGCUGAAGAGAGGGGCAAAAGGUAUUGAUAUAAAAACACUUGCAGAAGAGGUUAUUGAUGAAGAUAUGGAGUAUGGAGAAAUACAAGAGUAUGAGGAUAAGGUUGAAAUUAGAUAUACAAAGAAAAAACCUGAUAAAUAA